AUGGCGGGUGUGAUGCGUGCAAUUCUGGUAAAAGAAUUCGGUGAUGCUAGUGUACUUAAACUAGUCCAAAAUGCAGUUAUUCCUAAUAUAAAAUCCCAUGAAAUCUUAAUCCGAGUACAUGCUGCGGGCGUCAACCCAGUCGAUACGUAUAUCCGAUCGGGAACUUACACACGUUCGCCAGCUUUGCCCUACGUACCUGGCGGUGAUGCUGCCGGUAUUGUCGAACGAGUUGGUGAUGCAGUUUCAAAAUAUAAAGUUGGUGAUCGAGUUUUUACUGCAAAGACUGUAACUGGCACCUAUGCGGAAUACUGUGUCGCUCAUACGGACUUUGUCUUUCCUUUACCCAUCAAUAUUUCAUUCGAAGAAGGUUCUGCUCUCGGUGCGCCUUAUUUUACUGCGUAUCGUGCGCUAGUAAUCAAAGGUCAUGCGAAACCAAAUGAAACUGUUUUGAUUCAUGGAGCUAGUGGAGGCGUUGGCAUCGCCGCCGUACAAUUGGCUAAAGCACUUGGUUUACGUGUAAUUGGUACUGCUUCAACAGAACAAGGAUUACAAGCGAUUCAUAACCAAGGUGCUGAUCUCGUUUUUAACCACAAGCAAGAAGGCUAUUUUGAAGAUAUAGCCAAAACUUCGAACAAUGGUGAAGGAGUUGACUUGAUCAUUGAAAUGUUAGCGAAUGUGAAUUUGAACAAUGAUUUACAAAUACUGAAAGCAAAAGUUGGCCGAGUAGUUGUCGUCGGUAACCGUGGUACAAUCGACAUUAAUCCUCGACUGCUAAUGACCAAGGAAACAAGUGUUCAUGGUGUUACUCUAUACAGUUCAAGUGAAGAUGAAUUUCAAAUGGUCAAUGCUUUUCUGCAAAACGGUCUUAAACAUGGUUAUAUCAAGCCACUUUUAGGCAAACUCUAUCCAUUAGAAGAAGCUUCCCAAGCUCAUAUUGAUAUUAUGCAAAACACAGGAACGUGCGGACGAUUGACACUGACAAUUUAA